GGGGCCGCUCCUUGGAACGGAAGCGCGCGGCCUCGAGGCCCUUCCGGUGCGGGAGAAACUACUACUCCCAUAAUGCCCCGCGGUCCCGCGAGCAGCCAGUCUCGUCGCGAGAAGCAGCGGCCGGGGGCGACUGAGCGGACAAACGGAAGUGUAGGUUACGGUCUGAGACAUCACCGCCAAGCUGGGCAUCGGGGAGAUGGCCGAGACUGACCCCAAGACCGUGCAGGACCUCACCUCGGUGGUGCAGACACUCCUGCAGCAGAUGCAAGAUAAAUUUCAGACCAUGUCUGACCAGAUCAUUGGGAGAAUUGAUGAUAUGAGUAGUCGCAUUGAUGAUCUGGAAAAGAAUAUCGCGGACCUCAUGACACAGGCUGGGGUGGAAGAACUGGAAAGUGAAAACAAGAUACCUGCCACGCAAAAGAGUUGAAGGUUGCUAAUAAUUUAUACUGGAAUCUGGCAUUUUUCCAAGCCAAGAGAAGAUCGAAUGGCUUUUUGCAGCUAACUACUAUGUGUAGACAGGUUUUAUAUUAUAAAGUAUGCAUUCUUAUCACAUACUAUAUAGUUAGUUUGUAGAGUGAUUUCCCCCCAGUUUCUUGAACAUGGUAUCUUCACAUCUUGGACCUUGGUCAGUUGUGCUAUUCAUUAUUAAACACUAAAACUUUGGCGGUUCUUGCAUAACAUUGUCAGGUUUUUUAGUGUAUUUCUGUGAAGUCAUUUUUUUUUCUUGUCAUUCCUUUUCUAGUAGUUGCUGUUUGGAUAAAAGUUGCUGUGUGAUUUUUUAUUAAACAAAUAGUAAACCCUUCAAUUAUAGUUAGUCUUGGUGAAGUAAGAUGUUUGUAGACUUUAGAGUUCUUUAAUUCUUGGCACAACGUGACUGUUGAGCUAACACCAAAUAGUGUGUUGGCAAUACUUUUCAAAUGGCUGAAAACACCUAAAAAUUGUUCAUUCAGAAAUAUCUGUCACUGCUCUGUUGCCAAAACUCAGAAUAGAACUUAGACGUAUGUCUAAGUCCCUGAGAUCACAUGCUAAAGUCGAUGAAAAGUAACCACUGCCACUGUCUUGUGUCAGAACUUUUACAGUACAGAAAAUAACAGAAUAGCCUUCUGUAAUGAGGCGUUUGUUAGAGUUUUGCAUGAGAUUCUAAUACUUCAGUAGGACCCUACCUACGUGGUUCAUCUACAAUGGUUACCCUAAAAAAUCUGGCAGGAUUUUAAAACUCAAUCAGUCUUUCCUUUGAGCUACUGACUGGAAAAGAAAGAGAGAAGGAAAAGAGACCAUAUUAAGUCCAUGCCAGUUGCUUGGCUAGAAUAUGAUCAACGACUUGUAGUAGACUCAAGUUUUUAAGAAACACUAUUUUACUUAAACUGUUUCUUAUCUAAAUUCUUGCAGAGUAUCAAUGUUAUCAUUGAUUAUAGAAGACAGGGAUAAUACCUUUUAACUCUGGCCACUCAAAAAUGCAGUGCCAGGAGUGCUAAACCUAGAGGCCAAUAUUGAUGACCUGGAAGGUGAUCCAUAUGAUUGUCACCACAAAGUGCUUUUACACAAAAACUUGAAAAUUUGAAAAACAUGAUUUUUUUAAGUUUCUCAUCUCAGCAGUCUUGGUGUUUAUAUUGCGAAUCUAUCAUAGUAAGAAAUAAUUUGUGCUGUAUACAAAUUACAUGGGGAACAUAAAGGAGUGAGAGCCUUCUGUGAUAAAAUGAAUUCACCACUCUGGUUACCCAACUACAGAACCUCCUUUGAUCAGGCCAGUAGGUUGUGAUGCAGGCUGGAGCCCCUGAAUGCCCCACACACACUGCAGCAUUGACCAGACCAUCUGAAACCUGCGUCCCUGGUGAUGUUCUCAAGCCUCGGAAGUGGCAAAUGGAAAUGAUAUGGCCAGUUGCGGUUGUAGGAGAGUUGUGACUUAGGCAGGAGUCGACCUCCUCAAGUAAUGGAACGAUUUCAAAGGCAGGCUGCCCUGACCAAAAAUAUCUGCCAUGAAUAAAGGUGCCUGAAAUCCUGCUA